AUGGAUAACGUCCAGUUCGUCAACGGGAACCAGCUAGGCCGCAGGCUUCUGCUGCAGGUCGACCAGGGCCUGAACCUGAAGCUUCCCCUGCCAGGCGGCCGCGCCCUCGGCUUCGGCGGCGGCCUCUACAACCGCGUCACCGCCGCCUUCACCAAGUUCGUGCAGCUUCCCGGCCUGGGGCCGCUGACUGAUGAUGAUGUCUGGCUCAGGCGCAAGGCGCCCAACACGCUCGUGCUGCACGCGCGCGCCGGCAACUGCAUAGGCGACAUGGCGUCCCGGAAGCUGCCGGGCACCGUCUACGCAUUCGCGGAGUAUGGCACCGACCUGGGCAGCGGCCGCUCCCUCCAGGGCAGCCCCACAGAGUACUACCGCAAGGCCGGCCGCGGCGCCAGCUACGGCGUGGGGCUCAAGGCGCUCGGCGCGUGCCGCUUCGAGUACGCGCGCGACUGCAACGCGGGGACGGGCAACUGGUUCGUCCACUGGGGGGAGCGGUUCUGA